AUGUCUGGGGGGCAGCAGGAGGGGACCCAGCAACCUGUGCAGCCGGAGAAGGUCGGUUGGGUGAGGAAAUUCUGCGGGAAAGGCAUUUUUCGGGAAAUCUGGAAAAACCGUUAUGUGGUUCUGAAGGGAGAUCAGCUUUACAUCUCGGAGAAGGAGGUAAAAGAUGAAAAAAACAUCCAGGAAAUGUUUGACCUGAGUGAUUAUGAGAAAUGUGAAGAGCUCAGGAAGUCCAAAAGCAGAAGCAAAAAGAACCACAGCAAAUUUACCCUGGCCCACUCCAGGCAACCUGGGAACACGGCACCAAAUCUGAUCUUCCUGGCUGUGAGUCCAGAAGAGAAGGAGUCCUGGAUUAAUGCCCUCAACUCUGCCAUCACACGUGCUAAAAACCGCAUCUUAGAUGAGGUCACUGUUGAAGAGGACAGCUACCUGGCCCACCCCACACGGGACAGAGCCAAGAUCCAGCACUCCCGACGGCCCCCGACACGGGGACACCUGAUGGCUGUGGCAUCUACCUCAACCUCGGAUGGCAUGCUGACACUCGACCUGAUCCAGGAGGAAGAGGCCUCUCCAGAGGAUCACAGCACCUGUGAGGAGAGUUUCCGGGUGGAUCUGGACAAGUCUGUGGCCCAUCUCACUGCCGGACGGCGCCGCUCGGACUCCGAGAACGUCAAAUCCCCGGAGAAAGGCCGGACAGGGAGUCUCCCAAGCCAGGAGGUGACCUCCUGGGACAGGUUUGGGCAACGCAAGGACUCCUUUGACAAAGGGACCAUGUACACGCCGCAGGUCCCCAAAAAGCUCUCGCACUCCGAGAAGAAUAAAUGUGCCUCCAUGGAAGAGAUCCUGUCCCGCCGGGACUGUUCGGCGCAGCGGGCGGUGCUGAGGAGGGGGCUGGAGGCCCAUUUUGCCUCAGCAGAACCAGAGCAGCUCUCCCGGAUACAAGAACUGGUUGCACUCAAACUGGAAAAAACUCAGGAACUGCUGACAGAGGUGAAGGGCUACGGGGAAGGCAAGAGAAAGACCAAGGAUUCUAACACCAGCACCACCACCACUUCUUCCUCAUCAUCUUCCAAGACGGACUCUGAAAGGAUCCUGCAGGAAUCGGAGAGGUUGCUCGGGGAGGCUUCCUCCACCUGGAGCCAAGCCAAGAGGGUGCUGCAGGAGAUCAAAGAGUUGAGGGACCUGUACAAACAGUUGGAACUGCAGCAGUCGGACUCAAAACCCAAACAGAGCUCACAGUCUCAGUUCAGGAAGAGCAUGAUGUGAAGGCAAGCCUUGGGCUGGGGCGGGAGGGGCAGGGGAGGGCAGCCAGCUGGUCUUUCUUUUUUUUUUAUUAUUCUUUAAUUAUUAUUAUUUACAGUGUUCAAAAGAGUGAAAAGGUGCCUGUUCUCACCCAAAUUUGCUUCUCAAAGCUUGAACCUUUCCUUUCCUCCACCGCCCCCCUUGACGAAACAACCCGGUGUUCCAAUAAACCCAGUUCCAGUUGAUA